GGAGGGAGAGAAAUGGCAGCAGGGAGCAGGAAAUCGCUGCCUGGAGGAAGGGGCUGCAGGGAGGAGGGGAUCGGGGCUCCCCGAACUGCAGCUGGGACCAGCAGAGUCCCCCCCAACGCAGCCAGCACCUGGGGAAGUUUUGAAGGGUUUAAUGUAGGUGCUGGGAUGGAGGAGGAUAAUCCUGAUCAGGAAGGGCCUGCAGGAAGGGAGCCUUGUGGGAUGUCCCGGAGCGCUGAGCAGGGAGAGGCCAGCGGGGUUGGACGGCAGCAGGAGACGGAGGCGAUAUCUCUGGAUGAGAUGGACGUCAGGGUGGUGACAGAGCACAACCAUGCCCACGCUGAGGUACGUCCCUACAGCUGCUCGGACUGCGGGAAGAGCUUCAGCCAGAGUUCCCACCUGGUCCAGCACCAGCGCAUCCAUACAGGCCAGAAGCCCUACAAGUGCACUGAGUGCGGGAAGUGCUUUGUCCUCAGCUACAACCUCAUCGAUCACCAGCGCAUCCACACCGGGGAGCGCCCCUACAAGUGCAACCAGUGUGGGAAGAGCUUCAUCCGGAGUUCCCACCUCUUCCAGCACCAGCGCAUCCACACGGGCGAGCGGCCCUACCAGUGCACCAAGUGCGGGAAGAGCUUCAACCGCAACUACACCCUGGUGAAGCAUUACCACACCCAUGUUGGGGAGCAGCCCUUCAUCUGCAGCGAGUGCGGGAAGAGCUUCAGCUUGGGAUCCUUCGCCCAGCAUGUCCGCACACACACGGGCGAAAAGCCCUACAGCUGUGCCGAGUGCGGCGAGAGUUUCAGCAGCAGUUCUAACUUGAGCCAGCACCGGCGCAUCCACACGGGAGAGAAACCCUACAGCUGUGGCCACUGCGGGAAAAGCUUCAGCCAGAGCUCCAACCUCAUCAAGCACCGGCGCAUCCACACCGGAGAGAGACCCUACAGCUGCCCCGAGUGUGGCAAGACCUUCAACCAGAGCUCAUCACUCAUGCAGCACCGGCGGAUCCACCGGGGCGAGCGGCCCUAUGAGUGCACCGAAUGUGGGAAGCGCUUCAUCAACAGCUCCAAGCUCAACAAGCACCGGCGCACCCACACAGGUGAGCGGCCCUACAAAUGCACUGACUGUGGGAAGGGCUUCAGAGACAGCUCCGCCCUCAUGAAGCACCAGUGGACCCACAUCAAGCAGACGCAUCCCAGCUGUGGGGGGGGAAGCGGAGCCAGGAGGAGCGGGGCUGAGAUCGCGCAGGGACCUUCCUGUCCCGGCCCCGGACGCCUGGGUCCCGAGCCCCGCUCCCGGUCCCGGACACCUGGGUCCCGAGGCCCCGGCUGCAGCCUCGCGGGGGGGGGGGGCUCGCCCCGGCCGGGCGCAGCGUUCCCCGUCCCGGCCGCGAUCCCCCGCAUGGAGCCAGGGGAAGAGCCGAGGGUCCCGGAUCUCCAGGGCUCCCAGCAACGGGAGACCCCCAGAGGCGCCCCCACAGCAGCUGCCAAGACACACAAGGACAACCCCAAGCAGGAAGGCCUGGUGGGAGCAAAGCUGCAUGGGAUGUCCCACUGUUUCAAGCAGGGAGAUGAUGCCUGUGGGGCAGGACAACAGCAGGGAGCCCCCCUGGGGCAGAAACCUAAUGAUCUCGCCCCGCUGGCCUCCAUCCCAGCAAAGAAACCCUACAAAUGCCAAGAAUGCAACAAGAGCUACAGCCUGAGCUCGAACCUGAGCCGCCAUCGCAGGAUCCACACGGGGGAGAGAGCCCACAAAUGUGCCCAGUGUGGGAAGAGCUUCUACUUCAGCUCCCAGCUUGUCCAGCACCAGAUUAGCCACACUGGGGAGCGACCCUACAAAUGCCCCGACUGCGGGAAGAGCUUUGGUGUGAGCUCCAACCUUCUCCAGCACCAGCGCAUCCAUUGGGUGGAGCGACCCUACAGCUGUGCCAACUGCGGGAAGAGCUUUGGCCACAGCUCCCACCUGGCCCGGCACCAGCGCAUCCACAUGGACGAGAGACCCUACAAGUGUGGGGAGUGUGGGAAGGCUUUUGGGGUGAGCUCGGCCCUGAUCCGGCACCAGCGGAUCCACACAGGUGAGAGGCCUUACAAGUGUCUGGUUUGCGGGAAGAGCUUCAACCUUAGCUCCAACCUCUUCACCCAUCGCAGGAUCCACUGGGACGAGAAACCUUUUAAAUGCCCUGAAUGUGGGAGGAGCUUCAGCCAGAGCUCAAGCCUCAGCCGCCACCAGAUCAGCCAUACGGGGGAACGACCAUACAAAUGCCCUGAGUGUGGAAAGUGCUUCAACCAGAGCUCCCUCCUGAUCCGGCACCAGCGGAUCCACACGGGGGAGCGACCCUACAGAUGCUCCCAGUGCUGGAAGAGCUUCCUACGGAGCUCCCAGCUGAAGAGACACCAGAGAGUCCACACCAGCGCAGGGACCUUCCUGUCCCAGCAUCCCGGGCUCCCCAGCCCGUGUGUGCGCAGGGGCCAGUCCCCGGCUGCCGCCCCACACCGCCCAGGCGAGACUCGCCCUGGCCGGGCGGAUUCCCCGGCCCGCAUGGAGCCAGGGGAAGAGCCGAGGGUCCCGGAUCUCCAGGGCUCCCAGGAAAGGGAGAUCCCCAGAGGCGCCCCCACAGCAGGUGCCAGGACAGCAGGUGAGGAGAAUCCCUGGCAGGAACGGCCUGUGGAAGCAGAGCCUCACUGGACAUCCCUGAGUGCCAAGUUGGGAAAUGCCAGUAGGGCAGGGUGGCAGCAGGGAGAUCUCCAGGAGGGAAGAGGCUUGUGGGCACUCGGGGUCCCAGUGGGGAUGCAGCGGGGGGAGCAAGCCUACCACUGCCCCAACUGCGGAAAGGGAUUCAGCCAGAGCACAAACCUCUUAACCCACCGGCGAGCACACAUGGGGGAGAGACCCUACGAAUGCCCUGAUUGCGGGAAGGCCUUCAGCUGGCGCUCCCAUCUGCUGGAGCACCAACGCAUCCACACCGGGGAGCGCCCCUACCGGUGCGGGGAGUGCGGCAAGAGCUUCAGCUGGAGUUCGGCCCUGAUCCAGCACCAGAGCACUCACACAGGUGAGCGGCCCUACCGCUGCCCCAACUGUGGGAAGAGCUUCAGCCGUUGCUCCAACCUGCUGCAGCACAAGCGGAUCCACACAGGUGAGAGACCCUACCAAUGCCCCGAGUGCGGGGAGAGCUUUGGCCACAGCUCACACCUGGUGCGGCACCAGCGCAUCCACACGGGCCAGAAGCCCUACAAGUGCGUUGAGUGCGGGAAGAGCUUCAUCUCCAGCACCUGUCUCCUGCGGCACCGGCGCAUCCACACGGGAGAGAAACCCUUCACCUGCUUGCAGUGUGGGAAGAGUUUCAGCCACAGCUCCUCGCUGCUGCGCCACCAGCGGACCCAUAAGGGUGAGCGCCCCUUCCUGUGCAGCCAGUGUGGGAAGGGCUUCAGCCAGAGCUCCUACCUCUCUAAACACUUGCGCACCCACACUGGCGAGCGCCCCUACAAGUGCCUCAACUGUGGGAAGGCCUUUGCCCAGAGCUCCACAUUGGCCCGGCACCAGGGGGCCCACACCAGCGAGCACUGCUUCCCCUUCAUUGGCUGCAGGAGGAGUUGAUGCAGGGCAGGGAGGCUGCUGCAAACACUCCCGCUCCUUCGGAUAGGGAGAACCUGCUGCUGUCUCCAGCUGGGGUCCUGUCCUGGGAGCCUCAGCUAUUGCAUCAAGUCGAGAGUCUGCAAAGGUGGCUUAUGGAGACACAUCUCCUUGGGGUCCUGCCCCAUUAACCCAUGGGGGGACAUACCACUGCAUCAGGCUGAGGGUUUCCAGUGGUGGAGCAUGCAGCCACAUCCCACUGCAUUCAGCUGAGGUCCUGGCCUGGAGAACCCAGGGGAUACAUGUCUCUGAUCUGGCUGGGGUCCUGUGCCAGUGGAAUGCAGAGGGGACAUGCCACUGCCUCAGAAUAAAGGUCUGCCAUCUCCCCGUGGCCCUGGCUGAGUGGCCCUAUAGCAGUGGUUUUCAAACUGCAGGUCGCGACCCACUACUGGGUCAUGGAAUGUAAGGCACUGGGUCUCGGCGGCUCUGGUCAGCACCGCUGCCCAGGCCGUUAAAAGUCCCUUUGGCGGUGCUGCCUGGCUAAGGCAGGCUAGUCCCUGUCUGUUCUCACACCACGCUGCGCCCCGGAAGCGGCCAGCAGUAGGUCCAGCUCCUAGGUGGAGGGACCAUGGGUCUGUACUCACUGCUCCCACCCCGAUCACCAGCUCCGCACUCCUGUCAGCUGGGAGCCAGCUAAUGGGAGCUGGGGGGGCGGGGUGCCUGUGCACGAAAGACAUGUGGAGCCACUUGCGUGCCUCUACCUGGGAGCUGGAUCUGCUGCUGGCUGCUUCUGGGGCGCAGCGCGGUCUGCGGUGCCAGGACAGGCAGGAAGCCUGCCUUAGCACUCCUGCUGCACCACUGCCCGGGAGUUGCCCGAGGUAAGCCUGCACCCCAAUCCCCUGCCCCA